AUGGAUUUUAGGAUUCGUAAAAAUUUCACUCUUCACAUAAAACUAGAUCAUAAAAGUGUAGGUUUUGUAGAGUUUAAUAGCAAUUAUCAUGUGUUUUUCACCGAUAAAAAGUCUGACAAACCAUUUCAACCGAGGAAUCUAGAUAUUACAGAAACAACAAACCAACUUAGUGAUGUAAUGCUGACAGAUAAUGAAGAAAUUGUUUUUAAACCGACUAUAGAAGAAGACAUAAAUGAAAGAGAAAAUGUACAAGUCGAUGACAAAAAUAUCGCUGGUAAUAAUAAAGUCUUCGAUAAAAAAGAAACAGAUGCCGAUUUAAAAGAGGAAAACAUACAAGAAACUGAAAAUUCCGCAAAUGAAACAUCAAUAAAUGAUAACGAAUUUCAUUUAAAAGAAAAAACAAAUGAAAAUCAUGAUACAUCAGAAGAUAAUAGGCUAGAACGUGAUGGCAAACUAAAAACAAAUGAAAAUCAAAUAAAUUCACAUCGAAGUAAAAACAAGGAGCUCAGCGUAAAACUUGUGAAUGUUAAUUCCGACUUCAUGACCGCCACAGAAACAGAAACAGAUCAAAUUGAGAACGAAGUUAAACGAAGAACACGAAUUCUGAAACGUAAAAUCAUCCAGCCGGUGCGUUCUAGAAAACGGCCGAAAACCAAGAGAUGCGAAGGUGAACCUUGCUCUGAUGAUUCAGAUGUACCCAUUUCUAAGACGAUACAAAAGGUACCGUCCGAAAUCAAUGAUACCCAAGCUACCAUAACUAGGGUUGAAGUUGAUAAAUUGUCUGUUAAAAAAUUUCUAGAAACAUUCAAACCGGACGCAAAUGAUCCAACCGCUAAGAAGAUUUCAAUAUCGAACAACCUUUCCAUAAGGCCAGUAGCGAAUGGUGUAACGAAAAUGAAAAUAAAAAUGACAAAAUUUAACCCGGAGCCAGCUGUAACCGCACAACGUCCAAAAUUAAAAAUGCCCGUGAAGUUCAGAGAAGAAUUACGACAGGAGCAUAAAGUGUCUAUAAAGUUGGUUCAUUGUGACUAUGUCGCUCCAACGUUGAACCUUGGUAUCGAAGUUGGCACUUUGAAGACCGAUGAAUCUUACUCCGAAAAGUCUUACGAUGAUGAUGCCCAGCAUAAAACUGAAAUACCAGAAGUUGGACGCGAAGUUCUCUUAGAAAAUAAAGAUACAGUUAAAGUUAAUACAUUGAAAAAAACAAUUGUGCUUAAAGAUCUUUUGUCGUAUAAUAACGUGAGGAUUGGACAUUUGGCUCCGAAAGCGCCCUUCUACAAAAUAGUUAAAAUUGACGAAGUAUUACAGGAUAAAGGACAAAAUGAAUCGCCGAAACCCAUUAAUAUAACAUUGCCAAAUGGUACGAAGCUAGUCAGCGUGAAUCCACUGGCUCACCUCUUGGGUAACAAGAACGUUGCAGAUAUUCAAAAAUCGAACCCAUAUAAAAAUAAGUCUUACAGCUACAAGCCCAAAAUGCAAGAUGUCGGUGAAGCAAUUGUUAAAGCUAUGAAGGUCUUGGAUAAAACGCCCGCAAAAAGAAAAUCGAAUAAAAAAACUGAUUCAGCGAAAUAG